UCUCCACUUUCUCUCUCUAAACCUCUCAUUUUUCUCUCUCUACACCUGCACUGCACUGAUGGAGGAGAAAGGAGAGACCUCCUCAACGGAAACCACCACCACCCACCACCACCACCUGACGAUCCCACAGGGCGUGACCCAGGACGAGUUUCACGAGUUGAAACCGCUGAUCGCCGAGUUCCACAACUACCGAGUCAACGAUGGCCAAUGCUCCACCCUACUCGCUCAACGCGUCCACGCGCCGCCCGACACGGUGUGGUCCGUCGUGCGACGCUUCGACAAGCCCCAGGCGUACAAGCAUUUCAUCAAGAGUUGUAGCGUGGGGGAAGAUUUUAGCAUGACCGUGGGGUGCACGAGGGACGUGAACAUCAUAUCGGGGUUACCGGCUGCAACCAGUACCGAGAGGCUGGACAUACUGGACGAUGAACGACACGUCACCGGUUUCACGAUUAUAGGGGGUGAGCACAGGCUGAGGAAUUACCGGUCGGUGACGACGGUGCACGGGUUCGAGCGUGACGGGAGGAUCUGGACCGUCGUUUUGGAAUCGUACGUGGUGGAUGUGCCGGAGGGGAAUACGGAGGAGGACACGCGUCUGUUCUCCGAUACGGUUGUGAGGUUGAAUCUGCAGAAGCUGGCGUCGGUCACCGAGGGGUUGGCACGUGAUGGUGAUGGUAAAUAACAGGUGAUGUGAAUAAUCAAAUUAAAAAGAACUGAUUCGGAAAAACAAAAUUGAAGAUAAAUUUUAUUUUAUUUUUUUUUCCCCCUUCUAAUUGGGGUUUCUUUUUCUUUUUUUCACGUCUGUAAGGUAUUUUAUUUUCUUUUAUUUGGGAGUACCGUUUUAUUUAUUAUUAUUAUUUUUAAUUUGAAAUUACAAAAACAUCCCUUUUCAAAUAGAAUGAUUUGGCGGAUGCCCUCCGGCUUGGAGGUGUAAUGAAAGGUAAGGAGGGCAUUUUAAUCAAUGCAGAUGUACAGAAAUGACAAGGUUAAGGGUUGGUGUAAUUUCAUGUUGUUGAAAAUUUUAUUCCUAAGGAUUAUUUAACUUAUUUAUUCA